CAGGAUCCCUUAUCAAGGAGAACAUAUUCACCAGAUAGCCUACAUUGCCGUUACAAGGAGAUUCACCAGAACCAUCCAGAAUGGAAAAUGUCCCAGGAGACUACAGCAAGCGGGUGUAUCAAGGCGUGAGAGUGAAGCACACGGUCAAAGACCUACUGGCAGAAAAACGAUCCAGGCAGACAAGUAACUCAAGAUUUAAUAGCGGAGUCACCAACACCCAGUCUGCAUUUGCCCAGAUGCCAGGUUCACCCGUGAUGUCAGGUUACUAUGGUGUCAGAAGAUCUUUCCUCUCUGACUCAGACUUCCACAACUCGAAGCAGUUUGCAAACGACGUCUCCACCUCCAAGGCCUUUCCGUGUGAGUCCCCCGCGGGGCAGAGCCACCCGGCCCUCCUGGAUUCCUACUUCCCGGAGCCCUACGCAGACCACCGGCCCCCGCCGGGCCUGACCCCCAGCACCGGCUCCCUGUUCAGCGCCUCGUCCCUGCCGCCAUUCCUGCCGCCACCCUUCCCUGGGGACCCCACACACUUCGUGCUUAGGGACUCAUGGGAGCAAACGGUGCCCGAUGGUCUCGCCCAGGCAGACCCCAUGCCCACCGACUCUCUGCAGCCCUUGCCGUCGGGCCCGGGAUGCCUCUCCCAGCUGGAGUCUGGGACCAGCGCGCAGCACCGGGGCUCCAGCUGGGGAGCCCCCCUGGCGGGCCCUCAGUCCUACUCCCUGCACACGCUGGAGGAUCUGUACCACGUGCCAGGGUACCCCACCCCGCCGCCGUAUCCCUUCACCUCUUUCAUGACCAUGCCCAACGACCUACCGCACAAGGUGGCACCCCUGGCCCCGGAGGAGGGGGCAGACGCCCCCGGCCUUCAGGACCCUUCUUCGUGGACCAAAGAGGACGGGAGCAUGGCGUGGGAGUCCUAUGAGUGCCGCAGAGCUUACUGAAGGGAGCACUGGAGGACGUCUGUCUUUCUCUGAGGUGGGGUCUGUAUUUCACGGACUGAUUCCAGCGCGCUAGCUCAUUCAUUCAGAACAGGCCAUGAUGCCGCCCUUUGUUACCAGACCGCGGGAUUCAUUUGUAAUCCUCCCUCCCACAGCCCACGAAACACAAAGUACAUUGAUUUGGGACAUCAGGGACUGAAUUCUAGCCAGACACGUGCGAGUGAUGUCUUUGUGGAACUUUAGUAACGCGUUACAUUCUGAAUUCUGUUACCUUCAAACUGUCGUGUUUAGUGCUCAUGGUUUUCUUAUGUUACAUUAAAAAGUUUAUGCACAUUGUGAAGUA